AUGGCACCCUCAGAGAAGGCUGCUGAGGCUCCGGCGACGAGCGGCGGCCAGACCGCUCAGGCAGACGUUCCCAGGGAACAGGAAAGUGUGGCCGCCGAGCAUGUGAUGUCUCAAGAGGACAUCCCGGUCUGCGAAGUCGCGCAGCUGCUCCACAAGCUGCGCCUUCCAGAGCACCCGGACGAGCCCCACGCGCAGGACAAGGCGCGCCUCAUGGAGCUCAUCACGAAAUAUGACAUGCUUCCGGUCUACCAGAAAGUGUGCGAGGAGUUCAGCUGGCCCGUCGACCAGGCUCUCGUUCAGACUAUGGAGGUCAAGCACAAGGCAGAACUGGAGGGUUUCGAGGCGCGACUCGAAGAAGCGAAGGAGAAAUACGGAGACGUCGAGGUUCGUGAGGCGCUCCUCAGUCGCGCGAAUUUCUACUGCCGAAUUGGAGACUUGAAACAAGCCGUCGCCGCCUACGAAGUCGCGUACCAGAAGACUGUCGGCGCAGGAGGGAAGAUCGACAUCACGCUGACGCUCGUCCGCCUCGGAUUUGUCUUCUCUGACAAUGAAAUGGUUAAGAAGUACCUCGCGCAGGCGGAAGAAGAGCUGGAAAAGGGAGGCGACUGGGAGCGAAGAAACAAAAUGAAAGUGUACAAGGGCCUCCACCAGGUCAUGUGCCGCCAGUUCAAAGAAGCUGCACAGUUGUUUCUCGGCGUCCUGGCGACCUUCCCGACUACUGCGCUGCUCUCUUUCGAAAAAUUCAUCUUUUACGCAACUCUCCUCGGCUUGCUCUGCGAAGACCGCCGUGUGAUUCGCGAGCAGCUUCUGAGCGCGCCGCCAGUCCUCGAGGGCGCCGACGAGGAGCUGAAAAACUUCCUUCGCGGCUUCUUUUACGGCCGAUACCGCGACUUCAUGACUCUUCUGUGUCCCAUCGCUCGUCGGGUUCAGCGCGACUUCUAUCUCGGCCGGCAUUAUCUCUUCUUCAUUCGCGCGGUGCGGCUGAGGGCCUACGCGCAGUUCCUCGAGCCCUACCGCUCGGUGACGAUCGACAACAUGGCGUCUGCCUUCGGAGUCUCUCCCUCCUUCAUCGAAGCCGAAGUUGGCAGCUUCAUUUCUUCAGGAAAGCUCAGCUGUCGCAUCGACCGCGUGAACGGCGUCGUUGAGUCCAACCGGCCGGACGAGCGGAGUCGCUCGUACCUGAGGAUCCUCAAGCAGGGCGACAACCUCCUCAACCGCAUUCAGAAGCUCUCGCGCGUCAUCGCGAUGUAG